UGCAUAGCUGCUGUCAAAACAACGCUUCGCCAUUUCAGGUUAAGGGGGAAUUAGGUCAACCCAGCGGAGGUGGCAUUUAUUUUCCAUUCCGAACGAUUAUUUUGCUUUCUGUCUUUGAAUCAUUGGUUUCCGAUGAGUGUUUCCUGGUUCGUGCGGACGAGUUUUUCCUUGAUGGGUCCGGGUUGAAGUGUGUAGUCCGCGCUUGAGUUUCCCUGCUAACAGCCAACGAAGCUAGCUGUGUGUGUAAACAACGAGAAUGAAACGGGUGAAAGGAGGAGAGGAGGGAAGCAACGGCUCCUGCAGUGAAAGCCCGCCGCCGGAGGCCCGCAAGAAGGUGCGGAGAGAGCUGAGCGAGGCGUCGGAGGUGGUCCCCGCUAGGGACGUGUCGGAGUACGACUGGUCCCGGCUGCCCCAGGAGCUCCUGCUGCACAUCUUUCAGUACCUGCCGCUGCUGGAUCGCGCCUACGCCUCCCAGGUGUGCCGAGGGUGGAACCAGGCUUUCCAUAUGCCGGAGCUGUGGAGAUGCUUUGAGUUUGAGCUUAAUCAGCCGGCCAGCUCCUACUUAAAAGCCACACAUCCAGACCUUAUAAAGCAGAUUAUAAAGAGACACUCCAACCACCUGCAGUAUGUCAGCUUCAAGGUUGACAGCAGCACAGAGUCUGCAGAGGCUGCAUGCGACAUUCUCUCACAGCUGGUGAACUGCUCCCUGAAGACCUUGGGGCUCAUCUCCACUGCCAGACCCAGUUUCAUGGAGGUUCCCAAGUCCCAUUUCAUCUCCGCUCUGACCGUGGUGUUCGUCAACUCCAAGUCGCUAUCCUCGCUGAAGAUUGACGACACCCCUGUAGACGACCCCUCCCUGAAGGUGCUGGUGGCCAACAACAGCGACACCCUGAAGCUGCUGAAGAUGAGCAGCUGCCCUCACGUCUCCCCUGCAGGGAUCCUGUGCGUGGCGGAUCAGUGUCACGGGCUCAGAGAGCUGGCGUUGAACUACCACCUCCUCAGUGACGAACUCCUGCUGGCCCUCUCCUCUGAGAAACACGUCCACCUGGAGCACCUGCGCAUCGACGUGGUCAGCGAGAACCCGGGCCAGCACUUCCACACCAUCAAAAAGAGCAGCUGGGACGCCAUGGUGCGGCACUCUCCCAAGUUCAACCUGGUCAUGUACUUCUUUCUCUACGAGGACGAGUUUGGCCCCUUCUUCAACGAGGAGAUCCCCGUCACGCACCUCUAUUUCGGCCGCUCCGUCAGCAAGGAGGUCCUGGGCCGCGUGGGUCUGCACUGCCCCCGGCUGGUGGAGCUGGUGGUGUGCGCCAACGGCCUGCGGCCGCUGGACGAGGAGCUGAUCCGCAUCGCCAAGCACUGCACCCAGCUGUCGGCCAUCGGGCUGGGCGAGUGCGAGGUGUCGUGCAGCGCCUUCGUGGAGUUUGUGAAGAUGUGCGGCAGGAGGCUGUCCCAGCUCUCCAUCAUGGAGGAGGUGUUGAUCCCCGAUCACAAAUACUCCCUGGAUGAGAUCCACUGGGAGGUGUCCAAGCACCUGGGCCGGGUCUGGUUCCCGGACAUGAUGCCCACAUGGUAGAGGACCUCCGGCGUGUGCGGUUGGUGUUGGACAGCUUUCAUCUGCUCAGCUGUAGUAAACAGAGCGCCGCCCAAAUUGUAGACUUUCUGUCGACACUGCGGACACUUUCCUCGCCGGCGUGGAGACGGAACUCUUUGAAGCGGUUUUCCCUGUCAUUAGAGUAAAGUAAUCAGCGUUUUAACACCCGCUUAUUCAGCUGUGUGGACUUCAGCUCGCCUGCCUCUGUGUUUAGAGAGAUUAGCGUGUGCGGGAGGUUUUCUUUUCUGAACUCAGUGGAGUCAAUCGGGACAGCUAGGUGCAUGCGUGCUUGGUUUCACACCACCUUUUGGCCUACAUUACUCCACUCAGAAACCAACUCUUGGCUCUGUUUUUUUUUUUUGCAGGAAGUCAAACAGCUGCGUUGUGAGACGGGUUUUAAAUCAUCAAGCGUUCCUGAUGUUUUUUUUUUUUUUGGGUUGUUUUUUUUGCAGAGGAGUGGCUGGCUUCCGACGCCUCUUUCCACACAGAAACUGAAGAUGCUGACAGUGACGGAUAUAUGUAUAUAGGUCUUAAUGUUUGUGAUGUGAAGGUGUACAGUGUUGAUCCUUUGUUAUUUUUUUUAAACUUUUCUGUGUGUAUAUUAGCUCAACACUAUUUUCUUUACGUUUCAAAAGCUUCUGUACAAACAUAGAUGGAAAAGCGAGUCCCUGCAGCCAAAUGGAGCAAAGCAUCUGCUGAUUGUUUAUUCUGUGUAUCACAAAGUAUAACUACUAACUGGAAAACCAUGUAAAUAGGAGAAGCAGGGCUGUAUGAGUGGGAGCUACGCAUUAGUCUGCUGCCCUUUUAUGGCUGACGGCACACAGCGAACCGCUUCAGCGUCACAUGAUUUAGUUUCUCCUGCGCUCCCAUCCACCCUGCAGACCAGGACGUCGCGUCCGUCCCACGCUUUCAGAGAAGCGACGUGCUAAAUCAGAUCAGUUUUUCUUUCCCAUAAGAGGAAAGUUCAAUGCAUUUGUAUGUAAAUAUAUAUAAAAUGCUGUGUGUUUGAUUCUAGAAACGUACUUAUUUCUUUAUUUAAUCCUCGGUCUGGGUUCCAUGUUUGCUUAACCUAACAGGCUAAAGCGAGUUAUCCUUCAAUAGUUGGAGCUUUUUUAUGCUUUAGUUGUUAAGCCGUGUAAUUUAUUGAUUUGGCAACUGUUUUAUUGGAGGAUCAUGUUUCUAAAUCAAUGAAAGGAAGUUCGUUUUUUUGUUUUGCUUUUUUUGGUUGCCAAAGGUGCUCGGAAAAGUCCCCUCCUGCAGGUUUACCGCAGGAAAGUUCCUGUUACACCUGUGGGUCUGUCUGUGCAAUCAGAAGAUCGGAAAACUGACCUUCAAAAGAUCAAAAAUCCGUACUUUAAUCUGAGAUUUUGUUGGAUUAAUUACAGAAAAAGUGCAUUUCAACAGCUGAGCUUCUACAAUAACAUUCUCACCUUUCUAAAUGUCAACAUCUACUUUUCAGCACUGAAGUAUUUUAUUUUUUGUCUAAAAGUGUUUUAAUAAAUUAUUAAAACAGCUGAAAACCUUCAUAUUUUUAGUAUUGUGUAAAAACACAUUGUUUUGCUACCAAACUUCAUUCCUUGACAUUUGAGUUCUGCUCUGCAGUUCCAGGAGGCACAGCUCAUCUCUCCGGUUCAUCACACCUCUCAUGCUUCGGUACAGACGCAUAUCAGCUAAAAGCUUUUGUUUUCUUUCAUCUGCAAUUUGGAUUUUCCUGUUUUGUGAAACACCUCAGGUUGCAAAUGAGAAGCAGCGGGUAUUUAAGUCAUCUUAAACGAGCCUCUCAUUACUAUUUGUUUAGAAAUGUCUAAGUAAUCAAUCAACAGUUAACCAGCGCUGAUUUAGUUUGGCUUCUGUACGGGGGGGGGGGGGAAUGAUGAUUGUUUUUGCUUUACUGGUCACCAGUCUGAAUCCAUAUACAAACAUGUGCUCUUAUGAAAUAAAAGUAUGUGAAUGUA